AUGGAGCUCCCGUAUAUCAGUCAAACAUCCAUUGACGAGCUUGCCGGCUAUUUCGAGACUUUGAGUUCUUCGUUCCACAAGAUCCUAGCAUUCUACAGCGAGGCCAACGAAUCAGUGGAGAGCAGCAAAGAAAUAGGUGCCAUGGCUGUCUCAGCUUUAGGGAAAUUUGGCGGGAACUCAAUGGACGAUGAAGCGCUCGAUAUUUACCUGAACGCUGUCGACAAUGCGAAUUAUCGGAUGACGUCGGCCAUGAAAGCCAUGUCGAAGGAGGACGCUAAGUUGAAGGGGGGUUACCGCAAAUUCAAAGAAAACAUCUACACUAUGUACGGAAAGAUCAACGCCAUGAGAGACGAGCACAUUGCUGAGCGGGAUCGCCUCGAAAACUGGAACAGGAGGAUUGAUCAUUUCCGUGCCGACCUGCGGGAGUUGGUUUGGUCGCCUGAGACCUGGAAGCUCGGCCUUUCCGUGAUGGUCUUCAUUUUUGCAGUUGGGAUUAGUUCUUCCUUAUUUGGACGGAUCUGA